UGUAAUAUGGAAACUGACCGCUUGAUGCAGGCUGUGCUGCAGAGCUUCCUCGAUGCUGAUCUGAGGGUGGAGGUAGUUCCGAAGAAGUAUCAAGAAGAGAAGUACCAAGGUAGAACGGCCGACGUUGGGACAGGGCCUAGCUACGAUGCCACCACUCAGGCUGCUGGGCGCAAUGUCAACAUCGUCAACUAUACUAAGCCGCCUGAACCAAGCCGUGUGAGGAACUACUCCGGCCGCACUAACCAAUGCGACAGCACUACUCAAGCUGUCGAUGGACAAUAUGCCACCGUCUACAGGGUACAGCAUUGCAAGAUGACCCCAACUUCGCCCCCACCGAUGACGUCCGAGUUUCCGCCGCAACGCCCUGACGUCGCUUACGGUGAGUUACCUGCCUCGCAUUCAGUUCCAAACCGUCUGGCCGAAGUGACAACGGCGAUUGAAAAGCACGCGAACCACCAAAGUGACUAUGGUUAUAGAAAAACACGCGAACCAAGGACUUGACUCGCAUUCGUGGAUAUUGGUAUUAAGUAACUCACCCCCGCACUCACCUGAGGUGUAGGUACACACACACAUACGUACUUAGACCACCCACGAAGGAUAGGUAUGUAGGUUGCAUCAGCUAACCUUGGCCUACAUUGUACAUUUCCAAUAACCUUGUAAUGCACCUGCAUCUGUAAUCCGAUAUACCUGUAA